CACUCUUUUUACACUCGGAAUUUGCAGGUGUCCAUUCACUAUGGCAUUCCAGAAGGUCACGAAACAAUCCGGCAGGACUCCAGAACAGCAAGCAGCUAGAGAUGCUCGGAAAGCAGCAAGACUAGCUGCUGCUGCUGCUGCGGCUGCGGAGCCGGCCGACGAAACCGAGCAGAUGGCAGAAUCCUCCUCCAUGGCUGCUGCUAAGCCCGAAGAGUCUGAGCAAUCGAGAUUGAAGAGGCGGAGGGAAGAGGAGGAGAACGAUGAUACAUUACUGGAGAUCGAUGUUGCGGCUCCGGAGCCACUCUCAAAGGCCGAAGCUCGCGCAGCGAAAAAGAGGGCGAAGAAGGGCUUACCUGAAGCCCCCAAAAAGGCAAAGAAUGAAGAUAAGGACGAUCAUUUCGAAGCCGGGGACGAGGAUGAAGAGGUCGACCAGACAAGAAAGAAAGGGGAAAACAGAGCGGUGCGCAAACAGAACUCAAUCUGGAUUGGAAACCUUUCCUUCAAGACGACCGAGGAAUCUCUGAAGCAGUUCCUCGAGAAGGGUGUAUCAGAGCUUGGAGGAGUAGGAGAAGGUAGCGUGACCCGGGUCAAUUUACCAAAGAAGGCUGGUAAGGGCGGAUACGCAGAGAACAAAGGCUUUGCCUACGCGGACUUUGCUACUCCGGAACUGCAAGCUCUAGGUGUUCAACUCAGCGAGGCCUUCUUUGAAGGACGAAAAUUGCUCAUCAAGCUUGGUAAUGACCAUAAGGAAACUCCGAAUGCUCGUACACCUAAACCUGCAAAGGAGGCUGGAGCUGCAAUCCUCAAAAAACAGCCCAACAAGCCUAGUGCCACUCUUUUCGUUGGUAAUCUGUCCUUCGACACGACCGAGGAAGGUCUAAGAGAUUUCAUCGAAAGUAAUGCCAGCGGCUCAGGCGAGAAGAUUGACACCGAAGAGUCUGCUAUAAAGAAUGAAGAAGCGGACGUCGAUCCCGACGCCGAGGACAAGGAUGAAGUAGAAGAUCUCGACAAGCACAGAGGAGGCAAAAAAUCUGGCCUACGCAAAGUCCGUCUCGGCGCUUUUGAAGAUAGUGGAAGGUGCAAAGGCUUCGCGUUCCUCGACUUUCACACCGUCGACCAGGCUACUGCUGUGUUGAUCAACCGCAAAAAUUAUACCUUGGUUGGCCGGUCUCUUCUCCUACAGUACGCAUCCGAAGAUGCAGCUAGAAGGGCCGGGUCAGGACCAAAAGGACACACGAAACGCGCGCCGAGGACGGAACGAGCCAUCGCUCAAGGAGACAGGCCUCCGCCUCACGCUCGUCCACCUAGGCCCGUCUCUACUCCAAAAAGCAGCUUCAUCGAUAUUCAGCCUCGACCUCGCCCUGUGGUCGUUGAGGCAGAAUCUCGGCCUAUGACAGAAGGUCCAGAUACAUAUGUAGACCGUCCAGAGCGAUCAGAGAGGAAGAACGACAAGCGAGGGAAGAAGUGGGAAGCCACUGGUCGGCCUAAACCUGGUGCGGCUUUGGCAAUGGCCAAGCGGGAAAAGGUCGGAAUCGUUGAAGCCAAGGGCGAGAAGAUCACCUUUGACUAAGCGUUGAGCUUCUGCUUGGACGGUGAUGUAGCUCUAAGUGUCAUAUCAUCAUCCUGACUGGGAUGCAUACAAUGACG